AGUGACGCCCCCGAACCCGGCUGCAGAAGCGGCCGCCACCUCCAAUGUACAAGGUGUCUCUUCGGAAAAAAACCUGAGCCCCAGGGAGGCGGCGAGGAGCGACCGGGUUAGGGCUGGCGGGAACCGCGAGAGAGUGCGCUGGGCAGCGCUCGAGUACCAGCGGGAGCUUGGCCGCAGAGGACCCUCGAGACCUGCUUCUGAGAUCCCAGCUCCACGCUCUCCUCCCAUUUUACAGAUCCUCCCCCCCUCCCCGCGACUACAUCUCCCCAAAACGGAGCCUUUAUAUGAAAAGAAGGUGAGGGAGCUGGGGCAACCAGGACUUUCCCGGGCACCCAAGAUGCGCUCCAUUAGGAAGAGGUGGACGAUCUGCACGAUAAGUCUGCUCCUGAUCUUUUAUAAAACAAAAGAAAUAGCAAGAACUGAGGAGCACCAGGAGACGCAACUCAUCGGAGAUGGUGAGCUGUGUUUGAGUCGAUCACUUGUCAAUAGUUCGGAUAAAAUCAUUCGAAAGUCUGGCUCUUCAGUCUUCCAGCAUUCUGUAGAAGGUUGGAAAAUCAAUUCCUCUUUGGUCCUAGAGAUAAGGAAGAACAUUCUUCGUUUCCUAGAUGCAGAACGAGAUGUCUCAGUGGUCAAGAGCAGUUUUAAGCCUGGUGAUGUCAUACACUAUGUGCUGGACAGACGCCGGACACUAAAUAUUUCUCAGGAUCUGCAUAGCCUCCUACCUGAAGUUUCACCAAUGAAAAAUCGAAGAUUUAAGACCUGUGCAGUUGUUGGAAAUUCUGGCAUUCUACUAGAUAGUGAAUGUGGAAAAGAGAUUGACAGUCACAAUUUUGUAAUAAGGUGUAAUCUAGCCCCUGUGGUGGAGUUUGCUGCAGAUGUGGGAACUAAAUCAGAUUUUAUCACCAUGAAUCCAUCAGUUGUACAAAGAGCAUUUGGAGGCUUUCGGAAUGAGAGUGACAGAGAAAAAUUUGUGCAUAGACUUUCCAUGCUGAAUGACAGUGUCCUUUGGAUCCCUGCUUUCAUGGUCAAAGGAGGAGAGAAGCACGUGGAGUGGGUUAAUGCGUUAAUCCUUAAGAAUAAACUGAAAGUGCGAACUGCCUAUCCAUCACUGAGACUUAUUCAUGCUGUCAGAGGUUACUGGCUGACAAACAAAGUUCCCAUCAAAAGACCCAGCACAGGUCUGCUCAUGUAUACCCUAGCCACAAGAUUCUGUGAUGAAAUUCACCUGUAUGGAUUCUGGCCAUUCCCUAAGGAUCUGAAUGGAAAAGCUGUCAAAUAUCAUUACUAUGAUGACUUAAAAUACAGGUACUUUUCCAAUGCAAGCCCUCAUAGAAUGCCAUUAGAAUUCAAAACAUUAAAUGUGCUACAUAAUAGAGGAGCUCUGAAACUGACAACAGGAAAGUGCAUAAAGCAAUAAAGCACAUCUGAAACAUACAGACAGACUGAAUAUGCACUUCUUUUCUUGAAGAUGCUUCCUAAGAUUUGAAAACAGGAUCCAAAACGAGACUGGGUUUCAGCAUCCACCACUUAUCUGAAAGGUGAUAAAGGACGUUCAUGAGAAAUGCACUACCAACUGAUGAAAUACCUGCAAAGUGCUCUGAAAAUUAAGUAUUUUGACUUCAAGGGUCCUAGUAAGUGCCACUUCCACUAAGAACACAGUUUGAAUGUAUAAUCAGUAGUGUUUACAAGAUCCAACAAUGCACUCGUCAUUAGUUAAUGAAGCAAAAAUGUUCAUCACUGUUGGGCUGCCACUGCAACGCCAAGCACAUGAGAAGAGGAACCCAGGAACACAACUCAGCCCUUGGGGAAACUGAACCGUCCUGUCAGCAGAAAUCAAGAUGGAAACAGUUUGAGCAGUGAAAUCCAUAAGAUUAAAUAACUCAAAUAAAUGCCUUCAGUCAGGAUUCUGAGUCUGAUCAUGAACUUUAUGUUUUUGUUUCUGUUCUGUUUGCCUUCUGGAAUCUCUUUUGGUUUGGGUAUUGGGGUGCUUCGAAAAUCCUUCUGAGAUAAAAAUGAAUGAGAUAAAUAACCUUCAAGUGAUCAUUUUUAAAGUUCUUGUAUUUUUAAAGGGUUAUCACACAAUGACUUUGUAAAAAGAGUUUUAUUUUGCACAACUCUAAACCUCCAGAUUUUUUCCCAACAGUGUAGAAGGUACCAGAUAAACUGUAUCACUCAGUAAUUUUGAGCCAUUCUAAAGGAAAGAUAAACUCUGUCAUUUGAGAUGGUAAAAUUAGCAGGAAAAAAAUGUUCUUUUGGUACCAAAGAUUAUACUGAUGUGUCUACACAACAAACCAUUUUCCUUUCAUGAAAAUAACAUAUUAAUAUAUUAUUUAUGCUACUAAAGCGAAAGUUGUCUCUAGGCAUUUUAAAUUUUCCAAAUUCAAACUUUAUUUUUAUUUGAAGGAAGGUUCCACAGCUUUUACAUUUCAUAAUGAUUUUGUGGAAGCAUUUUGCCCAUUAGAAUAAAUGUUUGAUAGGGCUGAAAUGUGACUUUUCUUUGAUAUCCCCCUUGUUAUUCAGAUGGAAAGAUUGGCAUGCUCUCUAGAUUAUUGUUAAAUUUUCUUAGAGCAGAAAUAAUAUGAUUAAUAGAGUAUUGUUUUCAUCACGGAGAUGAUUAAUUUUAAGAGGUUUAACAAUGAAACUGUACAUCAGUAUUUUGCACUUCAGAUUAAUUAAAUUGACCAAUAUUUUUUCUAUAGUUAAAUUUAUUCACGUUAUCACAUUAAUGUGUUUUCAGAGAAACACAUGAAAUUCUUUAUAAAGUGAUUUUUAAACAUUUUAACACAUAAUAGAAUUGACCAAUAGGCCAAUUUCUGGUAAUUACUAUGCUGGUAGGUAAUUCUGAUGGUAAAUUGUUUCUUUAGAAAGCAGAAAUACUGCGUUCCCAUUUCUACUUUUGACCUGAAACAACAUAGAUUACUUCUUGUUUCUUAGGGAAGGCAGUCUGAGAAAAGAAGAAAUAGCAUGAGGAGUAUGUAUGUUUUGUUUCUUAGGGAAGACUGUCUGAAAAAGAAUGAAUAGCAUAAAGAAUAUAUAUAUAUAUUUGUUAUCAAGAAAAAGGAUAUUCACAGUAACUACAGUUCUCAAUAUAUUAAUAAUAUGUGGUAUUCUUUUUAAAAAUAUGAUAGAACCUUGAGAUACAGAAGAUUAUAUUUCCUGAGAAUUUAUGUGUCUCUAAGAAAACAGAAUAGAACCCAUAAAAUAGAAUCCAUAAAGACACAUAGCUAAAAAUGGAUAGAAUAUGAUGUACUUUUAUCAUUGAACCUUUUACCUCUUGGAAGUUUUUAAAGUACUAGAUAAAUAUUUUGAAUGUAAGGUUGAAAAGUCUGAUUUACCCAAUGAAUCAAAAGUAGGUAAUUACUUAAUUUGGACUAUUUGCAGACAAGUUGUUUGAGUAGCCUUUAAUUUGAAUUCAAUAAAAAUUUUGAAGUCAUGAGUAAAUUCUUGUAGAUAAAAUACAUGUCAGAACUCAUUAAAAGUAUGUCUUAAAAAGCAGCAGCAAGGUACCUUGCCAUUUUUACUGCAUUUUCAACAAAUGUGUUUAAACAAUUUUAAGGCCACAGCAAAAGCAUCCCAGACAUUCACUGUUCUGUGCAUUGUUUAUCUCAUAGAUGUACAUAGAGUAGUGCCUUUUUAGCUUCACAUUGCUUUGUUACCCUAUGCUUUGUGUUCUCUAAAUACAGUGCCCAGUUCUGAAAAUGCUCAGCAUAUAAAAAGGGCUUCAGUAUCGACUGAGACUAUUUUUGUUCAUCUCAGGGAACUUUCAAUACUCAAGAAUGAAUUCAAUUACAGGCAUUUAGUGUUCAAAGAAGACAAACUGUACAAGACCAAUUCAUUCCCUGUUGUAUACCUUUCCAUCUCCCCUUCCCCUUCGCGAUCCACUGUGGCCUUCUUACGGGGAUAGGGCAAGGAAAUCACUGAAGGCUAACAGCAAGAAUAAGAAAAAGAAUUGAGAUUUAACCGAUCAGGGGGCAAAAGGGAUAAUGAUGAAAUCAAAUUAUAAAUACAUACUUGAAAUAUCUGGGGUUUUUUUCUUUUGAGACUAUCAUACGUUCACUUCUUUAAUAUUUUAUUUCCUUUUCACGAUUUAAACCUGUACCUGGCAAUGCUCAGGCAGCUGAUUGUGAAAUAUUCCUGUCCUUUAGAGAACAUGGUUGUUACUGUGCUGUUGACAUGAAGAGGCCAUGGAAACAUUUUCAUCAUUAUUACCCAGCCUGUUCUAUACUUAAAAUUAAGUUGCUGGAAUAAAAAUAAUAAAUCAGUAACAGACUUUUCUGGGCAAAUCUAAUGAUUCAGCCCACAGGACUGAUGAAAUGACUGUGGAAGUUUUUCUGUCUGAAAGAAGGUGCUGAGCAUUCAAAUGUCUUUAUGUAUUGUAUAUCAUACGAAAUAUAUAUCAGUUGCUAAUGGGAAUUUCUACAUAUAUGCUUACAAAAACAAUUUAUUUAAAUAAUGCUAUAGGUAGUGUACAUACCAACUAGUUAUUAAGCUAGUACACAGGAAAAGGGUGAACAAAGUAAUUUAUUUCUAAUUGAGCCAGUUAGUCAUAAUGCACACAGUGUGGUAUUUGGUUCAUAAAAGAAUUGUUUUCAUGUGGUUAUUGUUGGAGUAUCUAUAAUUGUGGAAGGGGUGUAGGAAGAGUUAUGUAUAGUUAGUUGUUACCUCUACAAGUUUGAGAGUUUCCCCAUCAGACAUCAAUAUACCAACGUUUGACAGAUUGAGCUAGAGAGGGUUAUUGUUCCUAUUUGAUGGAAGAAAAUCCAAAUAAAGCCCACCUAGAAAUAGAUAUUUUAUUAUAUAUGUGUUAUAGAUAUAUCUACAUAGUACAAAUAGACAUGUGUGAUGCAUAUAUACAAUGUUAUAUAUGUGUGUCUGUGUGUAUACACACUUAGUCUGUAACAUACACACACUAGAUUUGUGUUAUGCUAAUGUCUUCGGGGCCUGCACUGUGAAGCACUCUGGAGAUAAGACCACUUUAGAAUAAAGAAGUUCUUUUGAAACUUCAGUUGCUAACCUGCUUUAAAGGGAUCUAUUUAUAACUGAAUUCUACAUUGUUCAUACCUAGAGUUACAAUAAGGGUCUAGUGUAUCCAAAUCUUUAAAAAAAAAAAAAAUUAAAAAAAUGUCUUCAAGCUGGCAAUGUAUUUGAAUUGCAGUUUUCAGAUUGUGGCUCCAGACUCUGUGUCUCCCCAUUUAAGUAGCACUUUUUAAUAAAUACUGUUUCUUUGUGUAGGCAAAAGCACAAGUGUUUCAAAUGUAUAUAGCAGGGGGAAAAAAAAGAGUUUACAGAGAUAGUAUUGCUGCACAGGAUAAUUGCUACUGAGUAUUUCUUACAUCAUUUGUGGAAUUGAAAGAUGAGGUUUAUUCUGUCAAGUUCAUUCUGUUCAACACUGUUUUUCCUUUUGUUUAUGUAUAGCAAUUGGAUGUUACUGUUUUAUCAUUUGUAAAACUGUAAAAUAAAUUAAACCCCCAUUUUUUUU